CUACUGGCAUGUACACUUCGUUCCAGGAUAAGUAUCCAUUCAUGAAAGCGUUUGGCUUUUGUGAUGAGUAAUGACUAAGGUGUUAAUCUGCAGAACCAUCUAUGAGAAGCUGGCCAGUGCUUUUACUGAGGAGCAGGCGGUGCUCUACAACCAGAGGGUGGAGGAGAUCUCGCCCAACCUCCGCUACUGUGCAUACAACAUUGGUGACCAGAAUGCCAUAAAUGACCUGAUGCAGAUGAGGCUGAGUGCUGGAGGCAGUGGUGGCAUGAUGGCAGAGAAGCUGGAGACUUUGAUCACCCAAACUAGGGCCAAGCAGGCCGCCACCAUGAGCGAGGUGGAGUGGCGCGGGCGCACCGUGCCCGUCAAGAUCGACAAGGCCCGCAUCUUCCUCCUGGGACUGGCAGACAACGAGGCGGCCAUUGCUCAGGCUUCCAGUGAAGAAACUAAGGAGCGCCUUUAUGAGACUCUCCUGGCAGAGUGCAGAGACACCAUCCAGGCCGUGCGAGAGGAAAUCAGGAUUGACGUGAAAACCAGAGAGAGGGGAUCAGAACCGGAGGGAGGGAAGGUCUCUAACCUGCAGUUCCUGCACAGCUACCUGACCUACAUCAAGCUGUGGACCGUGGUGAAGCGCAAUGAGAGCAUGGCCCACACGCUGCAGGCCAAGCUCAAGGAGCCGGAGAUGGACGACAGCAAGAGGGGGCCCCGGCCCCAGGACCUCAUCCGCCUCUACGACAUCAUCCUGCAGAGCCUGGCAGAGUUGUCCGUCAUUCAGGGAAUGGAGGAGGAUCAGACCUUCCAGAAGGAGGUGGCCCUGAAGACCCUGGUGUACAAGGCCUACAGGUGUUUCUUCAUCGCCCAGUCCUAUGUGCUGGUGAAGAAGUGGAGUGAGGCCCUGGUUCUGUAUGAGCGAGUUCUGAAGUACGCCCAAGAGGUCCAGUCCAAAGCCAAGAGCCUGAACAACAGCCUCAAGGACCUUCCAGAUGUCCAAGAACUUAUCGCCGAGGUUAAUGCCGAGAAAUACUCGCUGCAGGCGGCAGCCAUCUUGGACAAAGAAGAUGUAGCGGAAACACCCAUACAGCCCAAUGUGAAAGAGAACAAGCCCCUCUGCGACCGAUUGGACGCCUUCCGUCUGGAUCCCACCCUCGUCGGCAAGCAGCCCAAUCUGGUGGAGUUUCCCCCCGACUUCCAGCCAAUCCCCUGCAAGCCCCUGUUCUUCGACCUGGCGCUCAACCACGUGGCCUUCCCGCCCCUGGACGACAAGGUGGAACAGAAGGGCAAGGGAGGCCUGACCGGAUACAUCAAGGGCAUCUUCGGCUUCGGCAGCUAAAUCCCGGCGCAGACCUCCCGCUGGUCGGCCCCGACGCUGGGCUGCGUGAGUCCCCAGAGCACCGGCUUCCUCCAGUCUCUUGAGUGUUGGCUGCUCCGGCGCACACACACACACACACACACACACCUCAGAUUCUAGAGACUUCCGUGCCUGGUGUUCAUUUGCUCACGCAGCAUCCCCAGACACCUCCUUCCCUCCCUCACACACAAACAAACAAACACACAAACAAACAAACAAACACGCGCAGA